GCGGGCGGAGGAGGGAGCGGUGGCGGCGGCGGCGGCGGCAUUGUGCGCGCACCAGCAGCCCGGCCCGGGAGGAGCAGGACGCGCCGGGGCCGCCUCCUCCCGCACGGACCCAUGAACCAGCCGGGCGGCGCGGCGGCUCCGCAGGCUGACGGAGCCAGUGCAGCUGGAAGGAAAAGCACUGCGAGCAGGGAGCGCUUGAAGCGCAGCCAGAAGAGCACCAAGGUGGAGGGCUCAGAGCCAGCGUCAGCCGAGGCCUCGCUGAGUGCCGAGCAGGGAACGAUGACGGAGGUGAAGGUUAAGACAGAGCUGCCGGACGACUACAUCCAGGAGGUGAUCUGGCAGGGCGAGGCCAAGGAGGAGAAGAAGGCGGUCGGCAAGGAUGGGACCAGCGACGUGCCCGCCGAGAUCUGCGUGGUGAUCGGCGGCGUCCGCAACCAGCAGACCCUUGAUGGAAAAGCGCCCGAAGGCAGCCCCCACGGUGGAUCUGUGCGAAGCCGGUAUUCAGGGACCUGGAUUUUUGACCAAGCAUUGAGAUAUGCAUCUGGGUCUUACGAAUGUGGAAUCUGUGGCAAGAAGUACAAAUAUUACAACUGCUUCCAGACCCACGUGCGGGCACACCGAGACACCGAAGCCACCUCAGGGGAGGGAGCCUCCCAAAGCAACAAUUUCAGGUACACAUGUGACAUCUGCGGGAAGAAGUACAAAUACUACAGCUGUUUCCAGGAGCAUCGAGACCUACAUGCAGUGGACGUGUUUAGUGUGGAAGGGGCCCCCGAGAACCGGGCAGACCCCUUCGACCAAGGUGUUGUGGCCAGUGACGAGGUGAAGGAGGAGCCCCCGGAACCAUUCCAGAAAAUCGGGCCAAUGAACAAUAUUACAUCAGACAUUUUUAAGAAGAAAGAAGUUAGGCAGUGCCAAAAGAGAGAAACUGGCAAUUACACCUGUGAAUUCUGUGGGAAACAGUACAAGUACUAUACUCCCUACCAGGAGCAUGUGGCCUUACAUGCCCCCAUCAGUACUGCCCCCGGGUGGGAGCCGCCGGAUGAUCCAGACACGGGCUCUGAGUGUUCACAUCCAGAGGUCUCCCCAUCUCCACGCUUCGUGGCAGCGAAGACCCAGACGAACCAGUCGGGGAAAAAAGCGCCGGCCUCCGUGGUCCGAUGUGCGACCCUCUUACACCGCACGCCUCCAGCCACCCAAACCCAGACGUUCCGCACUCCAAAUUCGGGAUCUCCAGCGAGCAAGGCGACCGCAGCAGAAAGCGCUUUCAGUCGGAGAGUAGAAGGCAAAGCACAAAACCACUUUGAAGAGACGAACAGCAGUUCGCAGAACUCCAGCGAAACUGCAAGUCCCCUGAUUUCCAACCCUUUCCCUCUCCUACAGAAACCCUACACCUGCGGCGCCUGUGGGAUCCAGUUCCAGUUCUACAACAACCUGUUGGAGCACAUGCAAUCCCACGCAGCUGACAAUGAGAACAACAUCGCCUCCAACCAGUCCCGGUCACCACCUGCCGUUGUAGAAGAGAAGUGGAAACCUCAGGCCCAGAGGAACAGCGCUAAUAACACCACCACCAGUGGUUUAACACCCAACAGCAUGAUCCCUGAGAAGGAGCGGCAGAACAUCGCAGAGCGGCUGUUGAGGGUCAUGUGUGCCGACCUGGGCGCACUCAGCGUGGUCAGCGGGAAGGAGUUCCUGAAGUUGGCCCAGACCUUAGUAGACAGUGGUGCCCGCUACGGGGCCUUCUCAGUCACUGAAAUCCUGGGCAACUUCAACACACUGGCACUGAAGCACCUGCCACGGAUGUACAACCAGGUGAAGGUGAAAGUGACCUGUGCCCUGGGUAGCAAUGCCUGCCUAGGCAUCGGUGUGACCUGCCACUCCCAGAGUGUUGGCCCUGACUCCUGCUACAUCCUCACGGCCUACCAGGCUGAGGGUAACCAUAUCAAGAGCUAUGUGCUGGGUGUGAAGGGUGCGGACAUUCGUGACAGUGGUGACCUCGUGCACCACUGGGUGCAGAACGUGCUGUCAGAGUUCGUGAUGUCAGAGAUCAGGACAGUGUAUGUGACGGAUUGCCGGGUGAGCACGUCCGCCUUCUCCAAGGCCGGCAUGUGCCUUCGCUGCUCGGCCUGUGCCUUGAACUCGGUGGUGCAGAGUGUGCUGAGCAAGCGGACGCUACAGGCCCGCAGCAUGCACGAGGUCAUCGAGCUGCUCAACGUGUGCGAGGACCUGGCGGGCUCCACAGGCCUGGCCAAGGAGACCUUCGGGUCACUGGAGGAGACGUCGCCACCGCCCUGCUGGAACUCGGUGACGGACUCACUGUUGCUGGUGCAUGAGCGCUACGAGCAGAUCUGCGAGUUCUACAGCCGGGCCAAGAAGAUGAACCUCAUCCAGAGCCUCAACAAGCACCUGCUCAGCAACCUGGCGGCCAUCCUGACGCCGGUGAAGCAGGCGGUCAUCGAGCUGAGCAACGAGAGCCAACCCACCCUGCAGCUGGUGCUGCCCACCUACGUCAGGCUGGAGAAGCUGUUCACAGCCAAGGCCAAUGACGCGGGCACCGUCAGCAAGCUCUGCCACCUCUUCCUGGAGGCGCUCAAGGAGAACUUCAAGGUGCACCCGGCCCACAAGGUGGCCAUGAUCCUGGACCCGCAGCAGAAGCUGCGGCCCGUGCCGCCCUACCAGCACGAGGAGAUCAUCGGCAAGGUCUGCGAGCUCAUCAACGAGGUGAAGGAGUCCUGGGCUGAGGAGGCCGACUUUGAGCCCGCCGCCAAGAAGCCCCGUUCUGCCGCGGGCGAGAACCCCACAGCUCAGGAAGACGAUCGGCUGGGCAAAAAUGAAGUGUACGAUUACCUGCAGGAGCCCCUCUUCCAGGCUACCCCUGAUCUCUUCCAGUACUGGUCAUGCGUUACCCAAAAGCACACAAAACUCGCCAAGCUCGCCUUCUGGCUCCUGGCGGUUCCGGCCGUGGGCGCCAGAAGCGGGUGUGUAAAUAUGUGUGAACAAGCACUUCUAAUCAAACGGAGGCGGCUGCUCAGUCCAGAAGAUAUGAAUAAACUCAUGUUUCUGAAAUCCAACAUGCUUUAAGACUUCGGGGAAAAAAAGAAGAUAACAUUAGAAAGAAACCACACAACACUGUCACAAACAAAAGGAAUUUAAGUUCUAAACACUGUGGACCUCAUUAUAAAUGCCCCCUGGAAACUUAAGUGCUUUUUUCCAUAUGUGUGUGUGUGUGCGUGUGAAUACAUGUGCUGUGGUUGUGAGGGUGUUGGGGGGUCUCUGUGCUCCUCUGCAGGGCCAGAGAAACUUCGCACACACAUGCACACACACACACACACCACCCUGGUGCAUGUACACGCCUGUUCUUGGACGGGUGUGCAUUGAACUGGGCGUGUCAGGAAAGCUGAGCAAUUGGGAAAGAGGGAGAUGCUUCACCUCCUUUUCUCAGUAUGGGGGCUUUAGAAGACUCCGUUUUCAGGUGUGCAGAUUGGUAGAAAGCUGAUGUUGUGAAAUGUUCAGGCAGCUGAGAUCUGAAGUGACUUGACGCUCUCUGUCCUUCACCCCGGUCCCCCUUUUCCCUCCUUAACCCUCCCCCCGCCCUCCCACCCUCCUGACCCCAUCGUGCACCCCCUACCCCCUCAGCUGCUCUGCUGUGGACUCCCCCGCUGCAUCAGAUGGACGGUGUCUGCACUGGACUUUGUUUCUCGUUCACCUUCAGGGCAUUGAGCUGCUGCCUUCGUGAUACCCCUUGGGUGUCCCGGGCAGCCGCCUUAGAAACACACCUAUCUAUCUCCCCAAAUCAGGAAAGGAGACUUUAAGAGUAUAAAGCUGACAUUUUGCUUUUUAAUAUAAGAGAGGAGAAAAAGACAUUUUUCAGAGAAGUAUAGAUACUGUCUCCACUCCCUGAUAAUUUCUCUCCCUAACAUUUUAGCAGUUUUUACCUUGUUUGGGGGUUGAUUUUGUUUCUUCAAAUUUGAUUUAGACUCUGCUAGAAGGCACUGAAUGUCUGUAACUUAUGUUUUGGAGUUUGGGUUUUCUGCUUGCCCCUUUCCUUCCUCAAGUCACACUGUAAACUAGCUCAUCUCAGUGGUAUACUCAGUGUCCUACGGUCUUUCUUGGCCUUCCCUGUACAGUUUGGUUUUCACGUAUUUGAACAGCCAGGACCAGGUUCUUGGUUGUGCUAUUUGGAGACCAGGGGUUGGGGAGGAGUUGCGGGUUCCACAGCUGUGGGGUUUGGUGGCCGUAGGGGAAGCAGUGGUUCAGGAGUUCUGAAUGUAAGCACCAGAGCUGCCCUCUUGGUCCGCCGUGCAUGGUACCCAUUGUGCGUCACUACUCAUCACUUCCCCAACCCUGGCGGUCCACCGGGACUCCAAAGUCGACCCAUAGUCACAUCCACCCUCCCCACCCCCAGACCUGCCACAGCCUCGCCUCCCUUCCCAGGACCCCGGGGCUUCCGGGAGUUCUGCUGCCCACAGCCCUCGGGGUCACCACUCACACCUGUGACUUCCUUCCAGGACGGCGGUGAGCAUGGUGCCUUGUGGCCCAUACAGUUGAUGUUCCGAGGGUGGGAUGGCGUUCAGCCAUGUUCGACUCAAUGCUGUGAAAGAUGUCUUCAGGCUUUUCUCUCCUGUUCUUCCAGCCGUGAGCAAAUUCGGUUCUACACACACAGUUCAGAUGCCAAGGGUGACACCCCAUUCCCUUCACAAGAGGUGGUUCUGUCACAGAUCACCCCCACUGCACCUCUCAGUGAAUAAAGUGUUGGUGGUCACACUCCCCCAGUGACCCUUAGCAUGGGAUGGGGUGGUUACACUAGGGCUUCAGGCUGAGAAUGGCCAUCAUGUUGGGAGGCUGUUCGCAAAGGCACCUUCUAUCACCCUGGGGUUGGCGAGGUCCACUCCACCCCUUCCCAGUAAUAAAGCAUUACUCAACUGUGAGAUACCUCGACUACAGAAAGCACUGUACCGCAGCCCUCUCCCCCUGGGUCCGUGAUGGGAGCAGGGAGGAAAGUUGAUUGCAAACCUCAAGAAUGCUUAGGACCAUGGACUUGGAACAGUGGUGUUUGGAAGCCAAGCCUGCACACUUUGCCUCAUGAGAACUCACCUGCUCUCCCCUCGAGUCUUGGACACACUGAAAUCAAAGUGGAUCAAAGUGGACCAUUUCCACUUUUGUUCCAGCAAGCCAUGGUCUCAGGAACUACCGUGCCAUUUCCACUCCUGGAGAAGUUCUAGGUGUUUCCUCCCCAAUGUUUCUACCUGGGGGGCCGGGCCCACCAUCAGAGAAGAGGUUUCGUCCACCCUGGAGCAGGAAGGGAGAGAAAUCCAGACAGGAACCUCAUGUCACUCCCUAGGGAGUAUGGAAAGAAACAUCAGUAGACUACUCAGUUGGGCCUUUGGAGGCAUUCUGGAACGUGGCUUCAGUGUCACUGAUGAUUGACAGAUGCCUACAGCAAAAGGUCCCUCUAGCCUUGCUUGACUACUGGGGAAGGGACAGUGGCCUGGCAAUGUGAGAGCAGAGCCUUGGAACCCAUCCUCCCUCUACUUGGAGCAAAGUUGUGCUGGUGGUGCCCCAUUAUUGGGCCAGUUGAUUAGAAAAUAGGCAUUUCACUUUCCUGCAAAGCCAUCAGACUAAGCCCAGUGUGCAUUUAGGGCACUCAGCAUUCUCCUCUUUGAAGCAUGGGACGUCUGCCCUCCAGGAAGAGAAUUGAUCACAGAUUGUACCUCCCUUUCCGUUCUUUUCCACCUCAAUUCAGUACUUAGGGGUUGGCUUGCCUCUGCAGGUUUGCUUUGAAUGCCACUAGGUACUCAGAAAGCUGUCCUCUGGGGCUGCCUUGUCUAGUUAGAUAACAAGGUAGCAGGUGAUCAUUGCUCUCUUGCAACCUCUGGUUCCCUCCGGAAACUGGUGUCACCAACAGGAAAGGCUGUACCAAGGUGCCCUCUCAGUCUGCCUUCUCAGACUGUUCUCAGAGUGCAAAUCCUGCUGCAACUAGCAGCUUCAUAAAACCCAAAGAUCUCACAGGCCCCGCCACUGGCCCACUUGUCUCCAGCAAUAUCCACCUCACCUAAUUCUAGUUCAGCCAAAGGAUCGAGACAGGCUCUUCCAGUUCAUCUCCCGGUGUCCGGCCUGACCUUCACUUCUGGAAGGAUUUUGUCAUCUGCCUCCCCAUUCUGGGGCCACUGUAGGCCUUUCCAUCAUAGGCCUUUGGGGGAACUGGGACCAGGAAGUUGAGCCAUUUCUACCAUAUUCUCAGCAGCCCAAGGUGGUAGCCUGCUGAUUUGGACACAACUCGCCUCAAGCCCUGUGGUCCCCAGAACAGAAAUGGCCUUUGUUUUGACAUAACGUGGACCCAAGAGGAGAGGUGGAGGAAAUACAUAAAACACCUCCACCUGGCAAGUUUUUUGUCCUCAUCGGAGGUCAGUUUGCAUCACCAACAAAGCCCAAGCCAAGAACCACAACACUGUGGGUGGUUCCUCGGAGUGGACUAGCCCAAGGAAUCUCAGGUCCACCAGGAGCAGUGGUGCCAUUGGGCCCCGGGUGGAUGCCCUUGUUCUGGCCCAGUUCUCCGCUUCCCAAUGCCCGGCUCAGCCAGCCAAGCCUCCCUCUAAUGGCAUUUAGUAACCAGGAAGCAAAACGGAUGCCACCUGGGUGAAACUGCCUGCACUUCAUCUCCGGGGGCUCGCUGCACAGAGGCCACCUGCCACAUCACCCGUGAGCAAGCUUUGCCACCCUCCUGCUUGGUGGUGUCACACUUGACAUCUGGGGAUUGGGUUUUGGCUGGAAAAGGGUACCAGGGUUUCCUGGCAAGGACAGGAGGGCAGUGCAGCGACACAGAUGAGAAGCCGUAAGUCUCCAGGAUUUGAGGAAGCCACCAGGUGUGUAGGCUGACAAGAGUCUUCUCUUUCUGUCUGACCCUUUAUCUCCUGCACUUUCAAAGAACACCAGAGAAAAAUCCUAUAAGGCGUGUUUCCACUGUGAAGCUGAACCUCUGCCUUUAGGAGUCCCCUAGUUUUGAGCAAGGCCCCUUGCUUCCCCUUGAACUUGAGCUGGACUCCUUGAAGAGUGGGCACCUGGAGAGGUGUCAGGGAUACUGCUCAUGCUCUCUGGGGGGCCUCAGGGUCGUCGGGAAGCUUUGAAAUGAAGAUGAGAAGUGGUUGGAGCAGGCUGUGGGAUGGCUCCAUUGGGGUCACUCCCCUCAUCUUGUCAUCACAAUGGAUGUGCUGGAAGAGGAGGCAUCCCAGUGAGCCGACCUAGUCCAUAGCUUUGCCCUCGCCUUGGGAACAGUGGCAAUGCCUCCAUCUCUGGGAUGCAUCUUAAGGAGGGCUCCUAACAAGGCCUAUGAUUUAGAUAGAACCGAGAGACUAAGUAAGGUCCAGCCAUCCCCUGGGGCCAGUAGGUGGGAGCUCCUGUCCCCACCAGUCCUGCUGUAGCCCCUGUGUCCAGCUGGGCCAGUGGGAGAACUGGGUAGGAGGCUGCCCUCUCUUCACUGUGGCUAAUGUUUGCUAGGCCAGUUAUGGUGAACCAAUGAUACAGUGUUUUCCCUCUUAUGUUUCCCUCCUAGUUCCGCCUUUUCAGGGUUUUCUGGGGGAUUUUGUCAUGGUAGUUGUUUUUCUUCCUCUCUCUUUUGGGUUUGAGGAUUGUGGUUGGGGGAGCCCUGGCUUUCCCCAAAGGAGCCCGGUGGUUUCUGUGGAAGAGGCGCCCAAUCCCACUUUAACGAGGGUGAAGAUUGUCAGGUCACUGUUUGACGUAUUCAUGCCCCCUCACCCCCACCACCACGGGUGUCGCUUUAAAGAGUCAGCUCUUGUACAGAGAAGGAUUUGCUAGGUUUGCAGUUGGGCAUUAGCAUCACCACUCGCGAGGGCCGUGCCCAACCAUGCAUCCUGUGGGGCACCUUGACUCUUCAAACCAAAAUUCCUUAAAGGGGCACAGCCCAGCCUUGUCCGCAACCUCAGGGGCCUGGGAUUCCUGUGACGCUUCCUGAAUUCCAGGUUGGCACAGAUGAUGAGGUCUGAGACCAGCCAGAAGGAGGGGCUCUUCCCACAACCCAGGUGCCAGCGGGUCUCCGCCUAGGACCUUCCCUCCCACCCAGCCGGGGUGGGCGGCAUCCCACGUGGUGAAACGAGCUCGUGGACUGACCCAGGCUGAGCCUCGCCAGCCAGGAGAGAGCGAGGGCCGCACGGGGGGCUGGCCCAGGCAGCUCUUCCAGGGCCAUUCAGAUCCCAAGCAUCAGGAAAUCAUUUUGUACAACCACCCGAAGCAGAGAUAUUUUUUAAAAACGCGUAAAUUAUUUUCAGUUGUUUUCUGAUCCUGCCUUUUUCUUUUCCCCACCACUUUUCACAUCAGUGAUUUGUUCACAUCAGGUAAAUCUUGAGAAAGCCUUGGUGCCCUCCUCCCCACCCCCACUCUAACCACGUGUGUACAUCACCCCCGUCCUUUCUCAGUAGUUAAGACGUUCUAGGCAAUACCAUAGACACAUCUGACUGUGUCUCUCUCUUCGAGUGCAAGAAACUCAAAUCAUCUUAAAAAAAAAAAAAAAAAUUUACAAAAAAACAAACACACAAAAAAAUAUCUUUUUUAGGCCAGAGUUUUCUACAGGUAUUAAUGAAUAUUUUUCUUAAUCCUCAUAAGUUUGAUGUGUUUAAUAUUUCUUAAUACCGGUAGCAUUAAUUUAUACUUUUGUAGCAAUACAAUAUUUUUAUAAACAGCCGGUGCUUGGCUCAAGUCUUCACGAGGGGUUUAUGCAGGGCCAUCUUGGGGACCCUGUGUACCAUGUACUGUAUUUAAAAAAAAAAAAGUUACCUAGUGUCACACUUGCUGUGUUAAUUAACAAAAGACGUUGUGUGCGGUCUCCUGUAUCGGUGUGGAUCCAGCAGCUCUCCAAGGAGUCACAUUGCAUGGGGGUUGAGUUGACGGUUCUUGUUGUGAUCUGUAAACCCCCGAGACCAAACUGGAGGGUUUAUUUAGGGUUUUCUGUUUGUCUUUUGGGUUUUUGUUUCAGUUUGUUUUGGUGCCGUUUCUCCAUUUACAGCCAAAUCAGUUUCAUGAUGUUCAAAACUUUUGCUGAUGUCAAAUGGAGGAAAGGAACAGAAAAAAAAAAAAAGAUUUUUACAAAGUAAUAAAAUUUAAAACUCAGCUGUUUAAUGUUGCUGUUUUUACCUGUCUGUUCUUGUCCAAAAGUGGAACAUUCCCAAGGAGAAGAGGAAGCUUCCACUCGGUUCCUUAAGUCGCCAAAAGCCCCAGCCCAGGAUUCAGUACCUCCCUUGCCCCCUGAAUUCUUGCAGCACUAUUUCCCAGUUGGUUGAUGCCAAGGCAAAAAGAUACCUUUUAACGGUUAGAGAGGAUCAGUUGCUUAAAUGAUUUCAUGUCAGUGUUGUAUUUAUGGUUUUACAAUAAAACAACCUUUAGGAAGAUG